UGAGCUAAAAAAACAACACAGAAGCAUGGACAUGUUUACAUUUGAAAGAAGAUUGUCGACUCGCAUUAUUUCUUUUCUGUGAUUUUAUGUCGGUCUGCAGACGGUGACAUUAAAAAACAUUCAGAAGCCAAAGCUGUUCAAGACCUCAUGAAGCAAACUGUAUCGUCCCUUGAAAUAAUGUGAGAUGGCAAACAGAAUUAAAAGGUAUUUUGAAGAGGUAGAUUCCGAUGAUGCAGAUGAUUAUGUGGAGAGUGAAAGUGAAUGGCGUCAAGGAUGGGAAGCCUCCAGUUCUUCUCUAACUGAGUUUACACCCAAGUCUAUGCAAUCCAUCAGUGGCCUCCAGUCUACAUCCGUCUCUGAACAUAAACGAACAAUAAUUCACAUUGACAUUGACUGCUUCUAUGCUCAAGUGGAGAUGAUUCUUGACCCAGCCCUUCGAGAUAAACCACUAGGAAUCCAACAGAAGAAUAUUGUUGUUACUUGUAAUUAUGUUGCUAGAGGACGCGGAAUUUCUAAGUUGAGUUAUGUGAAUGAUGCGGUAAAGUUGUGUCCUGAGUUGGUUCUUGUCAGUGGAGAAGAUUUAACCAAGUAUAGAAAGAUGUCGUACAAGGUUACAGAUUAUUUCCUCAAAUUCUGCCCUCUUGUUGAAAGACUUGGCUUUGACGAAAACUUUAUUGAUGUUACGGACCUCGUCAAAAGUAGGCAAAUGACUGGGAAAGUAUGUGAUGUCGAAGGUCAUACAUAUUCUGAAUCAUCUGACGAAAAAGUUCCCAGAAUACAUUGUCUUUGCGGUUGUUAUCAGAGAUUAGCCAUUGGAUCACAAAUUGCUUCUGAGCUGAGGUCUGGCUUAAAAGAUAGUCUAGGUUUGACCUGCUGUGCUGGUAUUGCACACAACAAACUUCUUUCAAAGUUAGUGGCUGGAACGCACAAGCCUAAUCAGCAGACGGUACUUUUCCCCCAUCAAGCGGAUGAGAUGAUGCUUUCUUUGAAAAAUAUUAAGCAGAUUCCAGGAAUAGGCAGCAGCAUGUCAAAAAGGUUAGCUGCAAUGGGGAUAGUCUCUGUUCAACAACUACGUUCAGCUCAACUAAACUGUAUUCAACAAGAGUUAGGAGCCCAACUUGCUGGUAUUAUCUUAAAUUUGAGCCAUGGGCGUGACCCUACUCCUGUUGUCCAAACCGGUGCACCACAAUCUUUGAGUGAAGAGGACUCCUUUAAAAAAUGUAAUUCAGUUGAAGAUGCUCGAAAUCGAUCUAGAAAACUCAUUAGAAGUCUCCUCCGAAGGUUAAAAGAGGAUGGCAGAGUUCCUCAUACACUACGUGUUGCCAUUCGCAAGUUCUCUUUACCAAAGCAAUGGACUAGAGAAAAUCGCCAGUGUGCAUUGCCCGAAAGCAUUCUGCAAAAUGCCAACCUAGAUGAUGACACUGUCACUGAGAAGCUUCUGGAUGUUGCCAUGCAACUGUUUAUCAAGUUAGUAGAUACCUCAAAACCAUUCCAUCUUACUCUCAUCAGCAUUUGUUUCACAAAAUUAGAAGAUCACUUAAAGAAACCAUCAAUUGUUACAUACUUUAAGAGGUUUGCGAAGGAACAAGGGUGUCAAGAAGCAGAUGGAUCAAAGGAUCUACGUCACAAAGUGCUUGAUAGUUCUGUCAGUGUCAAUCAUGAAAGAAAUCAGGAUGGGAAUGUUGUUCUUCAGACAGCAGAAAAAUUGUAUACAAAGAAAAAACUCAGAAUCGAUAGCUGGAUGGCUGGGAAUUCUGCCGAAACCAAGAACACUUUGCAGAUCACUGAUAGCAGAAAACAGAGAAUGCCAGAUCAGAAACAGGAACUAAAAACAGAAAUUAAUCUUGGAGAUAAGUUGCAGAACAAAGUGAUGUUCGCAAGUGAUGAAAGUGUGGAGAAGAAUGCUAAUAGUUUUUUUGGAAGUAGGGGAUUCAAUUCAGAACCUCUAUUAUCUUUAAAACAUUCAAUGACUACAGAAGGCACGAAAAAACAGCAAAGUGCUCUAUCUGAAAAUCCAGAAAAUAUAGAAUUACCACCAGAUGUUGAUCCCUCUGUCUUUGUUGAGUUGCCACUCUCAGUCCAAAGAGAGUUGGUUGAGAAUUGGAAAAGGGAGAAAUCAAGAUGUAGUAAAACAGAACCACCAAGAACAAGCAAUAUUAAACCAAAGGGAACCAAAAAAAGCAUAAAAGAUUUCUUUGCUACAAAGUAGACACUCUGUACAUUUAUUAUCAAAACUUACUGUAUAUAUACAUACUACAAGGCGAUACUACUUGUCAAUUGGGGGCAUUUUUAUCGGGGUCAUUUUUUCCUGGGCCAUUUUCAGGGGUGGCGCCAGGAUUUGCCCGACGGGGGGACGGGGGGGGGGCGUGGGCGAGGCUCGAUUAAAAAAUAAUAUGUAGAAAAUACAUAUAAUUUUUUUUCUCCCCGCCGAAUUAUGCUUUUUCUCCCCGACGGGGGCCCUGCCACCCCCUCUGGCGUCACCCCUGGCCAUUUUUACCUACAUUCGAGCUGUACAUACGCUCUAUGAAACAUAGUAUAGCAGCCGUCAAUUAAAUACAAAUACUGUAUAUAAUCAGUUGAACUGUCACUGCAGCAUCAUUUGGUUCAACUUGUUAUUUUUUAAUUUAAGGAUUCUUUAAAGUAAAGGUGUGAUAAUCAGCAGAAA